GAACUGGGCUGCCCCUGAGGAGCACUGGGGCAGUACUGGGCAGCUCUGGGAGGCACUGGUCUGUCCCUGGGGGGCUCUGGGGUGGUAAUGGGAAGAUCUGAGAAGUCGUGAGAGGCACUGGGUUAUCCCUGGAGGGCACUUGGGCAGUACUGGGCAGCUAUGGAAGGCACUGGUUUGUCCCUGGGCGACUGUGGGUUAGUACUGGGCAGCUCUGGAAGCACUGGGCUGUCCCCACGGGGCACUGGGGUGGCACUGGGCAGCUCUGGGAGGCACUGGUCUGUCCCCGUGGGGCACUGUGGCAGCGCUAGGAAGCUCUGAGUGGCACUGGGAAGCUCUGAGAGGCACUGGGCUGUCCUCGGGGGCACUGGGAGGUUACUGGGGAGCUCUGGGGGGCACCGGUCUGCCCCUGGGGACACUGGGGUGGUACUGGGAAGCCAUGGGUGGUACUGGGAACCUCUGGGUGGCACUGGGAAGCUCUGGAGGGCACUGGGCUGUCCCCACGGGGCACUGGGGUGGCACUGGGAAGCUCUUGGGGGGCACUGGGCUGUCCCCUGGGGCACUGGGGUGGCACUGGGAAGCUCUGGGAGGUACUGGGGAGCUCGCGGGGGGGCUGCCCUGUCCCGGCGUGGCGCUGGGAUGUCCCCGGCCCGCCGGGGCUGCGCUGCCGCUGUCGCAGCCGUCCGCCGCCGGGGACACUGGGCGGCGCUGUGGGACGCCGCUCGCGCCGCGCGCCGUUGCCAGGCAACCGUCCCGCCGCUGGCGCAUGCGCAGUGCAGGCGGCGACGGGCGGGACUACAGCUCCCGGCAGCCUUUGCGGCCGCGCGCUCCCGGCCUGCCCCGCGGCGCCGCCGCGAUCCGUCCCGCCGCCGCCACCGCCGCCGCCGGCUGGGUCGCAGGGGUCGCGCCGCGAUGGCGGAGCAGGGAGCGGCCUCCCGGCCGCCGCCCGACGUGGACACCGACGACUGCCUCCGCGAGUACCGCCACCUCUUCAGCCCCGACAUCCUGGCGGGCCAGGUGGCGUUCAUCACCGGCGGCGGCUCGGGCAUCGGCUUCCGCAUUGCCGAGAUCUUCAUGAGGCACGGCUGCCGGACGGUCAUCGCAAGCAGGAACCUGCAGCGAGUGUCGGAGGCCUCUAAAAAGCUGGUGGCAGCCACAGGCCAGCAGUGUCUGCCUCUGUCCGUAGAUGUCAGGCAGCCCCAAACCAUUGUGGCAGCGGUGGAUGAGGCACUGAAAGAGUUCAAGCGGAUCGACAUCCUCAUUAACGGUGCUGCAGGAAACUUUUUGUGCCCAGCCAGCGCCCUGUCCUUCAACGCCUUCAAGACGGUGAUAGAUAUCGACACCAUCGGCACCUUCAACACCUCCAAAGUCCUCUUUGAGAAAUAUUUCCGGGACCACGGUGGGGUCAUCGUUAACAUCACGGCAACCCUGAGCUACCGAGGGCAGGCCCUCCAGGUGCAUGCUGGUACUGCUAAGGCUGCCAUAGAUGCCAUGACCCGUCACCUUGCUGUGGAGUGGGGACCCAACAACGUCCGAGUGAACAGCUUGGCGCCGGGCCCCAUUACAGGCACCGAGGGCUACCGGCGGCUGGGCGGGAGAUUUGCCGAGGAAGCAAGCCAGUUCGACAUGAUCCCCCUCCAGCGUGCAGGAAACAAGACGGAGAUUGCCCACAGCACACUCUACCUGGCGAGCUGCCUCUCCUCCUACGUGACGGGCACCACCCUGGUCGUGGAUGGCGGGAGCUGGCUGACCUCCGCCAACAAUUUUCCUGCCAUGCUGGGUAUUGCUUCAUCCUCUGCUAAACUCUAGAUUUCUGGGCUGCAGGAGCAAACAAAAAUCAAUGAUGGACAGCCUGGGAUUGACCGAUGGACAGAAACGUGACCCAACGCUGCUGCUCUGGGACAUCUCGGGGUGACGUCUCCCAGGGUCGGAGCCGAUAGUUGCUGCCUCUGAUCAGCGAGUGGUGGUGACGCUGCCCAUCCUGCUGCCGCCUGGGGGAGGGAGCACCGGGGAUGCUGGGUGGGGAGCACCCCCAUUCCGUGCCUUUCCUUUCUUCUGAGCUGACAUGGCUGAGGGCGCAGGGACAGCGCGGGGUGUGCAGGCUGUGGCGUUCGCUGCCCAUUUGCGUCUCCCUCCCGGUUGUUCUGGCCGUUCCCAAGUCCCAUGGUUAUCCGUCCUCUUCCUCAACUCUCCCCCAUCUCGGCCUGAGAGCUGCCCAAGACCCCCAGCUCCUUUUUGGGAGAGGGGGGUGAAAUUCAGCCUGUCCUGGGUUGAGAUCAGGCUUUGUGCUGGGGGCAGCUCUCAGCAGGGGUGGGGGGAACAAGGACCAAACUGUCCCCUGGCAGGGGGAAAUGGCCCCAGCCCCUCUGGUGGCUCCUGGAUGGAGCAGCGGUCCCCUGAGCAGGUUCAGCUGGGAUGUCCCUGUCCCAGGAGCUGAGGUGGAAGCCCACCAGAGGCACCUCUGUUGGAGGUAUCUGUUGGGAGCCCAAGGUGUCCGGUUGUCUGUCAGCCCCCUGUCUGUCUGUCACGCCAGUCUCACGCUGUCUCCUCGCUCUGUACAGCCGGGGGUAAAUCAAGGGCUGGCUGGAAUUCUGUCCUCGCCGAGCUCUGCGCUGGGCUGCUGGAGCUGAACGGGUGCCAGCACCCCGGGGGGGACACACACCCCGCUCGCGUGCAGCCGCCUCCCGCUGCUGACGGCGAUUUUUGAUUUUUGUGUGUUUUUUUUUUUUUUUUUUUUUAGCCCAAAUUCCGCAAAGCUUGUUUUCCUACUUGACUGCAUUUCCUACUUGAUUGUAGACUUGCCAGGUUUUGCUCCUUCCUCCAGGCCAUGAAUAAAGCGCUUCCACCCUGAGCUGCA